AGAAGGUGGGGGGGGUGGAGAAACCGAAGUUCCUUGUUGUCGUCGACGUCUCGGUCAAUAGAGACAGUAUCAGCCUUGGCUGGGAGCGACUGUGGAAACCAUGCCUUUUCUGGGCCAGGAUUGGCGAUCUCCAGGGUGGAGAUGGAUGAAGACAGAAGAUGGUUGGAAGCGAUGUGAGCCCUGCAGCUCAGAACUUGAGGAUGAAAACAAUCAGCUUAACAACAUCAGUCAUAAUGUCAUCUUAGAUAAUGACGAAGAAAUAUACUGUGCUGAUGAUUGUGAAUUUGCAAGCAAGAAAAGGAAAAAGGAUCAUUUUAGGAACAAUGCAAAAUCUCAGUGCUUCUAUCGUGAAAAAUGGAUAUAUGUUCAUAAAGAAAGUACUAAAGAAAGGCAUGGCUAUUGCACGCUGGGAGAAGCUUUUAAUCGCUUAGAUUUUUCAAGUGCAAUUCAGGACAUCAGAAGGUUCAAUUACGUGGUAAAACUUUUGCAAUUAAUAGCAAAAUCCCAGUUAACUUCAUUGAGCGGUGCAGCUCAAAAGAACUAUUUCAAUAUCUUGGACAAAAUUGUUCGAAAAGUUCUGGAGGACCAAUACAACCCCCGUCUAAUCAAAGACCUUCUUCAGGAGCUGAGUUCUGCGCUGUGCAUAUUAAUAAGGGGCGUGGGGAAAUCGGUGCUAGUAGGAAACAUCAAUAUUUGGAUUUGCCGGUUGGAAACCAUCCUUCUGUGGCAGCAGCAGCUCAAUAAUCUUCAAAUACCCAAGCAAGUCACCAAUGGACUUACACUCUGUGAUCUUCCUUUACAUAUGCUGAACAACAUCUUGUAUAGAUUCUCAGACUGCUGGGACAUUAUCACUUUGGGCCAAGUGUCUCCCACAUUGUAUAUGCUCAGUGAAGACAGGCAGUUAUGGAAAAAGCUUUGUCUGUACCAUUUUGCUGAAAAACAGUUCUAUAGGCACCCUAUUUUGUCAGAAAAAGGUCAUGUUGACUGGAAGCUGAUGUACUUUGCACUUCAGAAAUGUUACCCUAUAAAGGAACAAUAUGGAGAUACCUUGCAUUUCUGUCGCCAUUGCAGUAUUCUCUUCUGGAAGGACUACCACCUUGCUUUGUUACUCAAGGAUACAGGACAUCCCUGCACAGCCAAUGAUCCCAACAGCUGCUUCAUGCCAGUUUCUCCUCAGCACUUCAUAGACCUCUUCAAAUUUUAAGUGCAAUCCAUUAAUUCUUGGUGAUUUCUUCAUAUAUAUUUUUGUACAGUCAUGCAGUAUAUGUAUAAUGCUUUUUGUGCAAUAUUUCCCGGAAUGUGCUUUGUAGUUAUAAAGGGAUGUCAUAGGGUCAAAAGGAGAGAAUAUUGACCAGAGCAUCAUGUAAGAUGUUCAGUUUGUAGUAGGCAAACCGAAGGAAUAUUUCAUUUUGCAAGGGAAGAUGUACUGUGGAAGCAGGAGGAGGUGUGUACAAAAGGAAUCAUUGGAGUUUUAGUCAAAUUUUGGAACUCUUAAUCCAUCGAUGAUUUACAACAUUUUUGUUAGGGCUAUAGUGAUUUUUUAGUUGAUAACUAGGUAGUUUCCUUUUUGGUGACCAAAAACAACCUGCUUAUUUGAUCUCUGUCUUCAUCCCCUUCACAUCCUAUUUCAAUUGUGCACAAUUUGCACAUUCUAUAAAUGUUACGAGAUUCUCUGUAGGCUUCUUUGUACAUACCAUGUCAGCUAUUGAGUGCUGCACAUCAGUAAAAAACAUAGUUUUGUGUACCUGUUGUGCAUCCUCUUGUGAAAGAAACCAACUCCAUUUUGUAAAUACAUUAUGCAGAAUAUUUAUUUUUCUUAAAAUAUAUUUUAUUAAUUAUGUCAAACCUAAUUGUGUCCUAAAUAAUGUGAGCUGCUGAUUGCUGGCUCCUGCAGUGCGAUGAAGUUUUCUGAUGGUAGUUCCAUCCUUUUAUAUGGUGGUGGUUUCUCGUAACAAGUACAGCAAUGCUACAUGGUACUGCUGUGGAAAAUAUUGGCUAACUCCAGAGGAACUGAAAAUAGCCUAAUACUGGCUAGCACUCUCUUGGAUGCUACUCCCCCACCCCACCUCAAUAUGUAAUAGUGUAGUUCAGAAAGGGCAAAUUUAAAACAACUUGCAGUGUGUUCUGAAAAUCUUGAAACAAUCAUUCCAAUAUAAUGUAGUAUACAUGCGAGUACAGGCUUUACAUUGCAUACCACAGUGUGUUUUGAAUCUAGUUUUGUACACAAAUAAAUCAUGUUUUUUGCCUAUUAA